GUAAACAUUCUGGCGCGGGAUUUUUUAAACGCUCAGCCAGGUUAGAGAAUUUUACUAUUCAGACGUCAGUAUCUUUGUUGUUAGAUAGUUGCCGUAGUAACCUGAACUAGUCGCUCACCAGUUCCACUAAGAACGAGUUGGCUCAAAGCGGGAAAUUAGAUGUAAAGCAAUAUGGACAAUUAGUGUGUAAUGUUGAACUUCCUGCUCUUUCAAUGUGCGUGGCGACAAUCUACUCGCAUUCUACACAUGCAGCAUCGGUUGUUAAAAUACUGAGACAGUUUUUAAGAUUUAGCUAUCAGAAAUCACGCAUGGAGCGUUGCAAUGGGAGGCAAGAGGAAAUGACCCCUCAAACAACAAACACGUCUUUCGGGCAGUAUGCGUAUACUGCAGAGGAGUACCAGGCUGUCCAGAAUGCUUUACGGCAGAGACUCGGACCUGAAUAUAUCAGCACCAGACAGGCUGGAGGUGGACAAAAGGUUUGCUAUAUUGAGGGCCACAGAGUUAUAAGUUUAGCCAAUGAAAUGUUUGGGUACAAUGGAUGGUCGCACUCAAUAUCUCAACAAAAUGUUGAUUUUGUGGACCUUAUCAAUGGGAAAUUUUAUGUUGGAGUUAGUGCAUUUGUGAAAGUUCAGCUGAAGGAUGGCUCGUACCAUGAGGAUGUAGGCUACGGGGUGAGUGAAGGUCUCAAAUCCAAAGCUUUGUCACUGGAAAAGGCAAGAAAAGAAGCUGUCACAGAUGGAUUGAAGAGAGCGCUGAAGUGUUUUGGAAAUGCGCUUGGAAAUUGCAUUCUUAAUAAGGAGUACCUAAUAGCCAUCAAUAAACUACCAAAGCAGCCACCUCCCCCUAUAGACCUGGACAAGGCCAAACGCUGUGAUGGUGAGCCAUCCGUGGAGAAGGCCAGGUACAACAGCUUGGCUCAAGCCAACAGCUGGGGUUUGACCAAGCCAGAAGAACCAAACAACAUUCCCUUACAAAAGAUGGGAGUUCAGCCUGUACAAGGAGGGCAUGAAAGUGGCACUAGAUCCAGGACUUCAUUCACAAACAUGGCACCACAUUCCGGCAACACUUCAGCUCACCAGGAUGUUGAAAACAGGCCCAGCAACACCUCAAGGUCAGCAGCUGACAUGGCUGACCUGUCCUCGUCUGAUCCUCUGCUGGACUCCAAGCAACAGAGGAAGCUGAGACAGCAGCAGCUGCAGCAAAAGUUCAGACUGGAAAUGGAGGCUAAGAAGUUGCUACAGGGACAACCACAGCAGAAAACGCCACAUUCAAAUCCUUCUACAGGGCAGCCGCUGCAUUCAAAGCAAGGUGCGAUUGAAAAAUACGACCCAGAAAUAUGGGACUUCACUCUAGAUGGCAUCGAUAUGCUUGACGAUCCCACAGGAGGCUCUUCGGAACCUUCUCGUCCCACCACACCAAGCCAACACAAGAUGAUGACACGCAGCAAAACCCCUCAGAGAGCCCAACACCUGAGACCACCAGCCCAACCCCAGGGACAUGUUGUUCCACAAGACCAGGGAGGAUAUGGCCAAUUCAGAUUGUCAGUGGGAGCAGGUGGACAACAGAGCCCAUACAGACAAGGCCAGAUGAUGAAGAAACGAAGACUGGAUACUUAACUAUUAGAAAGUCAAAGCAGUUUUAAUUUAUUUUUAUUAAUUUGUGAAUAUGAAAAUAUAAAUGUGCCACCUUUGUUUUUGACUGAUGGAGCACAUGCUGUUUGUAAUAAAAAUUUUAAACUAUAUUUCUAAAGUCUUGUCAUUGACCACUUUGUGUUAAAGGAAUAUUCCAGGUUCAUUACGUUAAGCUCAAUCAACAGCUCAAUGGCAUAAUGUUGAUUACCUCAUAAUAAAUGUUUAAGUUGCAAUAUUGGAUAUAACUUCAUACAAAUAAGGUUAGUAAGUGAUGAUCACACUAAAUCAUGUUAACAUGUAUACUGUUUACCUCUUGUGGCUAUACUUUUUAAACAAUAUGCAUUUUCACAUUUAUGGACUGGUCCUAUUCCAUUGUUAGUCCUUUACUGUAAUGGUGAUUUUUGCUUUUUUUUGUUUUUUUGUUAAAUGGACAAGUGAAAAAUAUUUUUGUGGUGAUCAACAUUAUGCCAAAAAUGCUGUCGACUGAGCUUAACUUUAACAUUCACUUCAUAUAAAAUACACUGAGAAAAUAUAAAGUCAAAAAUGUUUUAUUAAGCCUUUUAAAUAUAUAAUUUUUUUUUUUUUUUUUUAACAAGACUGAUAAAACCAUAGUCACCAAAAAGACUCUGGCUGAAAAUAAUUGACAAACACAUUAUCAGCAGCAAUUUUUCUUUUUUCCUCUCGCUUGACCACAUAAAUGUAAUGCUGUUUGUCUACAGGAACAGGUGUGAGUUAGGUUGUGAAAACAUGCAGUUUUCAGAAAUAGUAAUGUGACUGACAACUGGAGUGUGUGCUUGUGAUUAUUAGUGGUAUUUUAAAAGUUUUAAUUAAUGUGGUUUUGGUCAAUUAAAGAGGAUUUACAGACAGACAGAUUUGUGCACUCAAGUAUCAAAAGAAACAAGUAAACCUCCUCAGUCUGUUAAACCUUUAAACGGUGCAUAUUCUGCAUUGCAGUAACAAUUUCCUUCUCUAGAGAAGUCAAGUGGCUCAUUUCAG